AUGGAAAGGAGCGAAAAUUCAAUUAAAAACCAUUGGAACUCCUCAGUGAAGAAGAAGUUAGAACUCCGUUCGUCUCAUACUUCUGAUAUGGGCACUCAAAAUAUAAAAUCAGAAAGCAGAAAGCGUGAGGUGGUAAAGCAAGGUCUUGAUCAGAAAGCUAACAUGGAAAGAAAUGUGGAAACCUGUUCACUGGACCUGAAUCUGGUUCUCGGAACUGCAAAUAGAAGGGAAAGCCAAAUGCAAUCCUCUGACAAAGGAAAUUGUGGGUGGCUUACAAAAGGGGCAGCUGCAAACAAAAUGAUGAAAACACCACCUAGAACCGUAUUUUACGACAGAGCUGCAGCUGCAUGUGGUCUAAAUAUUGAACAAUGCCAAGAAACUUCUCAUAACUGUGGCAGACUGAUGGACUCUCAUAAUGUGACUGCUAAUAAUCAUUACAACAACAUUUGCAAUGCUGCUCCUGAUUAUCUGGGUUUCCCAUUUUCACAUACGCGGAACCAUAAACCCAGUGAUCCUAUCUAUUUGUUGCCUUCCAGACCACUUCCUAGACCACCACAAGCCUCUUUAAAUGCUGGCUUAGGUGUUCCUGGUUGUAAGAGAACAGCUGGUUAUUUUAUCAACAAACCAGUUCUCCCAGUUACUGCUCAGGGAUUGUAUGAAUCCUCUAGUAGACCACAAGCUUAUGAGAAAAAGAAGGAUGGUGGAGCUCCUGUGAAUUCAAAGAAUUCAAGCCAUGGUCGCUUGUGCUACAGGCCAUUCCAACUCGAGGAUGUGGAAUUUUAUUUGGAAAACGGUGAAUUCCCAAGUACAGAUAGUUACAUCCAGACAGAAUGUAGUUCAGUUUCCUUUUGCACUCCAACAAGUCACGAUACAAGAAUUUUUGUUGAUUGUAACAGUCCAGAUUCCACAUUGAGAAGUGCAGCGAGGACGUUUGAGAAAUCUCCAUCUAUCAUAAGAAAACGACGGCAUUCAGUUUCCAGAAAAAGUGUCAAUGCAGCAAAUCAUGGUGACAGUGUUUGCUCAAAAGAAAUUAGCAAUAACUCCAGAAACAUCCCCCACUUGCUAGGUCUAAGUCCAUGUGGUAAAACUAAUUCCAGUAGCAUGGUUCAUUCUCCUCCAAGGUCUCAGAAGUUUGGGGAUUCUGCUGUCAUGAAGUCUGUAGAAAAACGCUUGGAACAUGCAUUUGAUGUUGAAUGGGAUUCGGCCAGCGCCGUAUCUAGGACCUUAUCUCCAUGA